AUGAUCAGCCUGAGCUCAGCCAUUGUGCUUCUUGUUGCAAGUUUCGUGCUUUCAGACUCUAAUGGUCAAGAUUACAAGUCGAAAUCCUUUUUCGCCUUUGGUGGAAGCGUUCGGUGGCAUAAUUCCAAUGUAUCUGUAAAGGAUUUCGUCUCUCAGCUCAAAGUCUUUAUCCAUAGUCUCCCUGAUGAGACUCUUCGCCAGGUUGUUCAUGUUCUACCCAAUGGGGCCUACUCCGUCAUUGUGUCUGACAGCGGUCGGUACAGAAUUUGUCUUUCUGCUCCACAGGGGUGGAAUUUUCUUCCAGUCAAUGGCUAUGAGAUCGAUUUAACCGACGGUACUCAAAACGAGCAACUGAAUUACAUUUUUGAUCUUACUGGCUUCGAUAUUAGUGGACAAGUUGUUACAACUGGCAUGACCACUGGACCUCCGAAUCUGGUCGUUUCUGCCAUUGCUAACGACACCAUUUUUUCUCAGUCCAAAACGACAGCAAAUGGCAGCUUCACUCUACUCUCUGUCCCUCCAGGAAAGUAUGUUAUCACUGUUAGCGAUUCCAUCCCAGAGAUUGGAACGGAUUAUGCUCGAGCUAGUUCGAGCAUUACUGUUUCCACUAGCAGUCUUACGUUAGCGGAUCCUCUUGUUCUACAGGGUCAUUCACUUCGUUCGGUAAUAACAUUUGAUGGUAGAGGUAUUGCAAAUAUUCCUGUUCUCCUCUUCAUUCCUAAAUCAAGUAUAUUGACAAAAAGUGACCUGGAAAAAUUUGGAUGUUUUAAACCUUCUAAACCUCCUAUCAACUUUAUUCCGGAGAAAUUGAAAGACUUAUUAAAUCCCGAUCUUUCCUGUCAGGUCGUUAGUGAUGCCGAUGGUGUUUUUAUGUUCUCACGUUUAGCUGGUGGUGAGUAUAUUUUGGUAGCCUACCAUGAUCCGGAUCUCAUGAAAUCCACUGAAAUAGUGUCUAAGCAGCUAAACAUCAGUCCAUCCUUCUUGUCGGUUACGAUGGAACAUGUGGACCGGCAUCUUGAUUCCGGCUUUCAAGUCACUUCUUUUCGAGUCGGUGGGGGGAUUGUCAAGCAAGUCUCUGGGAUUCCGAUUGUAAACUCAGAGGUUUUCGUCAAUGGCGAUUUCGUCAAUCGAACGAAUUCAAAUGGAGAAUUCGAGCUUGACUUUACCGCUCCUGGUGAAUACUUACUUCAUGUAAAAGCACCAAGAGUAAAGUUUGACAAGGUCAAAUUAAAAUUGGCUCCUACUACGUUAACUUUGCCAACUUUUGUUCCUAGUGAAGUUGAAUUUUGUGGCAUAUUCUUGGUGGCCACUAGCUUAAAGCCAGGGAGUCGCAUACCACUUGUGGAAAUUGUUUCAGGACCUUCAAUUGAAGCGACUAUCUCAGAAGAUGGCAAAUCGGCUAAAUUUUGCCUUUAUCUUAGUCCAGAGAAGCACAUUCUCCGUUUGGUUGAGUCGCAUAAUUCCAUUAGAUUUGCUCCGACCUCCAUUAUUAUUAAUUUGUCAUCCGGGCCAGUUGAGGACGCCAUAUUUACUCAAUUUCAAGCAAUCUUGAUCGGUGAAGUGCUCUGCAUUGAGAAGUGUCCAGCUCCUCAACUAGCUGUUCGACUAUCCUCAAAAGAGCAGCCUGAUACUCCCUCCAUAGUGGCCGACGUCGAGGUCAAUCAAAACGAUAGAAGGCGUGGUACAUUUACGUUCAAAUCCGUGUCUCCGGGCUCUUACGAUUUGGAGCUGGUCGUAAAGGAUGGAAGUGUAGUGCAGCCUGCAUGUGGUUGGUGUUGGGCCUCUCCUGGUCCCCUUCGUCAUGUGACCAUCACUGAUCAUGAUCUUCACAAUACUCCAGAGUUAUCAUUCCGUCAAACCGGUUACAAAGUACACAUCGAUGCGCCCAUUCUAGGGUUCGAAUUUAAAGAACCAGUAAAUCUGAAAGUCACGCCAUCAUUUGUGUCAAAUGGAUCGCUGGUUUAUGCUAACGCCUCCUUUUAUCAACUCACGAAGCCUCUGAGUACUGUCUGUCUCUCUGGUGGCUCUUCUUUCACCUUUGAAGCAUCAGCUCCAUGUUUGCACAUGGACGCACCCUCCCCUAGCAGGAUUCAUUCGGCCGCUACGGAUAUUCCGCUCUCUUCUCCUUUGAAAACUGUUAGUAUAUUGGUGCGAGAAGUUCCUAUCAAUGCUGUUGUGACGGCUCUGCCAGGAAUUGGGGGUAUUGCAGCUGAAAAAGACCUUCCAGAGUUGAUUAUUCAGGCCAAUUUGUCCAAUACAGUUAAAAGGAUGUCUACCACCUGGAGAAAGGAAGCUGACCUGUAUACGUCCCAGAUGAGUCUCUGGGCUGCACCGGAGGAAGAGAUAAUCUUCUCCGUUUCUCCUUCCAAACCCUCCUCUGAUCAGGCUACUGUUCAUUCUCUCAUUGUUCCCGCCUCUCAAACUCUUCGUGUGCCUCCUAUCAUCUACCAACCAAGCCAAUCGACUUACGAUUACCCUGAAUUGGAGGCCACUCCUGCACCUCUCACAGAGGUUACUGGAGUGAACUGUGACGCUCUUCUUGCAGCCACUUUCGGUGGCACAAGCGGGCUCACUGCUACCUUUUCCAUGAAAUUGGGUUUCUUCUUUACCGGUGUAGUUCAACCCCCUGUUGAUAGGGUUUUGGUGACAGUUUACGCCGACACUUCUAUUGUCUUCUCCCCACCACUCGAGUUAACCGUUGAUAUGUCCACCUUCCCUGAUCAUCGGUUAAACGCACCGUCACCCAGUCCAGGUCUCACCUUGGUCAUGCGUGCACUCACCAACACCCAGGGCUUUUUCCGCAUCGGACCCUUCUAUUUCGAUAAGGAAUCUACCCAUGCGACUCAACCCAGUUCCCUUCUCACCCUACGACUACACAAGCCAGGCUUUGAGUUUGCUCAAAAAUCUCCGCUUGAUUGGUUGACCUUCUCCUCACAAAAGCUGGCUCUUGUUGAGGUGCAUGUGACGUCAGAAGGUAGCAUGGAACCCCUUCCUAGCGCUCUUGUUUCAAUCAUUGGCAAUGUUUAUCGAGAUAGUAAAACCGCGGACUCAAACGGUUUUGUUCGGUACAUUGGUCUGCCUCCUGGUGAAUACUACAUUCAGCCAAUGUUGAAGGAGUAUGAGUUCUUUGUCCGCAAGGGAAGCGACGGCCAAUUGGAAGCCCCAAUGGAACACGCGUUGCGAGUUGUUGGCGAUGAAUCUCUGAGCGUGCAGCUUGUUGGCCGCAGGAUUGCUUACUCAACUUUUGGCAUAGUGUCUUCGCUGUCUGGUCUUCCGGAGGUCGGUGUGCUUGUUGAAGCAAAAUUGCUCUCCUCAAAUGACUUGAAGGCGCUUGAAGGUCACUCCAUCUUCCCUGUGCAAAAUGCGGACACCAAUGUUACAUGUCGGGGGUACAUCCAUGAUCCUGCGUUUGCUGUUCCUGUGGAGCAGACUAUCACAGACCAAGACGGUCGAUUCAAGUUGCUUGGGCUUCUUCCUGGUUGUCCCUACCUUGUCACUGCUACUCGCAAGGAAAAUGAGAGGGUCCCGCAGAUGAGUAGCGUUUUUCCAACUUUUGUGAUAGUCAAACCUUCCAAUUCUGAUGUAUACAACUUGCACUUCUAUCUCAAACCUCGCGUCUCAUUGGGAAUGAUUUCAGCCACAGUGGACACGGAUGAUGAGUAUUUGCCAGACUUGAGCAUUGUGAUCCGUUCGGCAAGCCAUCCAGACACACCUUUACUACGGCACAAUUUCGCCUCCCAGUCCCGCUUCUUCGCUCUUCUAGGGGAUCAGGUCGAGUCACUUAUUGGGUGCGUGAGGAGAUCGUUGAUGCAUUUUAGCAAAUGUUUUUUUUUGUUUUUUUGCUAA